CACAAACAUCAUAUUUGCUUCCAUAUCUGUCUGUAUUUACAUCAGCAUUAUAUCUGACCUGGAAAGUAUUUCUGUCAUUACAAAACAAGCUGCCACAACAAUUAUCACUGCUAGGCUGUUCAAUUAUUUUUCUAUCAUAAUAUUAUACUAUUCCCACUCCUGCUGCUUUUGACUGGUAUCUUGCCAGCUGUCCAUAGGGAACACACAGGUUUGGAAAAUGACUUAGACUGAAAGCUCACAAAUGACAACAGACGAGUUUAGGAGCUUGUAUAUACAUGCAAUGCCUUUUUGCUUUCUUGCCAAUAGUUAGAUAAGAAGAUUGUAUGGAAGCCCAUUUCCGUCUGUAGAAGAAAAAAUAAUAAGAUAAACUCUUGGACCUGUGAUGAAAAAGAAGGAUCCUGGAAGACAUUAUAAUGAAAAGCUUUUCCAAAAUAAUGAGAAACUUUCUUAAAACUCAUUAUUUUGAGAUACUAAGUCAUGAUAUUGUAAUAAGUAAGGCGUUAUUUUGAUAAAGUUUCUUAUUUUGCGAUAAUAAGUCAUUAUUAUGAGAUAAUUAAUCCAUUAUUUUGAGAAGGUUUCUCAUUAUAAUGACCUAAUGGAUAUUUUUUUUAAUCACAUUGGUCGAAAUGGGCUUCCACAAUAAUUGAUACCACUCUUACAUCUAACAGGUAAAUAUGUAGCUGGAGCCAGCAGCCGGUUAGCUUAGCACCAAGGCUAGAAACAGGGGCAACAGCCAACUGCUAGCCUGUCUCUGUCCAAAGGUAACAAGCUCUGUCUAUAGCUAACACGUUAACAUCUUGUUUGUCUAAUCCAUACAAAAACUAAAGUGUAAAAACGACGAUGUGGUUUUUCUUGGCCAGGCGCUGUUAAAGUUAUAGUGCAUAGUUUCUGUCACCCCCAUGAUGGACUCUAAGUAAUGACAACAACACUGUCGGCGCAUCCACAUGAUGCAUGCCUUCGGUGAUCGCCCCCCAGCCCACCCCUCCUCCACACAGUUGCUAGUAGCGUUUAACCCGUCAAAUCAAGGAGAACACGGAGAAUAAAAAAAAAAACAUGAUGGACUCUUCAGUAGAGGUAAUUGUCUUGUCUUCUUUGUCUCCAAAGCUGAACGCUGCAAUUGUCCUUUCUCAGCGGUGACGUAUAACUCAUCACUUUCGGACAACACCAUCUUGUAAACAUAGCCAUACUGAGAAAUAGCUUUGUGGAGCUGAUAGCUUAAUUAGCUUUGUAUCAACUCAUAUGGCAAUGGCUUGAAUGUAACAGACAUUCACAAACCUUUAACGAAACAAAAUGUGUGUUUUAGAGAUGCUGAUCGGUGAAUUUUGUUACCUUCUGACAGAAAUAGGCCGUUUUACCCUGUUUCCACUCUGUGUGCUAGGCUAAGCUAACUGCUGGCUGAAGCUUCAUGUUUACCUUGCAGACCUCAGAGUGGUGUCACUGCUCUUAUCUGUCAGCAAGAAAGCGAAUAAGCGUGGUUUCCUUUCAGAACAACUUCCUGUUACUCAGUUACAAUCUGCACAGCUCAUAUGUCUCCUUGGCUACACUAUUACAUGGUUAUUGAUCAAACAAUCAAGUGAUGGCAGGUGAUUGUUGCAUGAAAAGACUGAGCGGCCUGAGUGUUUUAGGGGUGGCAGUAGCUCCGUCCAUAGGGAGUCGGGUUGGGAACCGGAAGGUCACUGGUUCAAGUCCCCGUACAGAGUGUGGACUGAUAGCUGGAGAGGUGCCAGUUCACCUCCUGGGCACUGCAAUGGUGCUCUUGAGCAAGGCACCAAACUUUCCUCAAUUGCUUGCAAAAGUUGGAUCGGCAAGUUAAGCAUCCUUGGGCUCAUGUGCCUCCUGUGUUUUUUAUGUCAGUGGUUCCGGUUAGACAGUUCUUUGGGCCUGACGUCAACACUCAGUGUUGUGUUUAGACUUCUAACUGCUCCUGCUGUUAACCCCUGAAGGCUCUGGGAUAUGUCUGCCUCUGUCUCUCUGCCCUUUAAAGGUUGCGUUCAUUGUAAGCAAGCACUGGGAGAAAAAAAAAUCACAUUCUUCUGGGAACUCAAAGGGUUAUGGUUCCCAGUCAUGUUUCAUAGGGAUCCGCCUAUUUAUACUUGGAGGAUUUGUCAUCAAGAUGUGAGAUAGUUUCAGUCUAACAUCUUUCACCAUUUGACAUCCUUAAGUUGAGGUUCACAAGAAGGCUGAGGGUUGUUAUGGAGAAGAUGGCUGAUCUAGGUUUGGGCAUCAGUCGAGUCACAGCACUGUCAGUGGACAGAGAGCUGCGGCCAGAGGAAAUGGAUGAGUUGCGGGAUGCUUUCAAAGAGUUUGACAAGAACAAGGACGGUUUCAUCAGCUGUAAAGACCUAGGGAACUGUAUGAGAACCAUGGGAUACAUGCCCACUGAAAUGGAGCUGAUUGAACUGAGUCAACAGAUAAACAUGAACUUGGGAGGUCAUGUUGAUUUUGAGGACUUUGUAGAGCUGAUGGGCCCAAAACUCCUAGCCGAAACUGCAGACAUGAUUGGAAUAAAAGAGUUAAAAGACGCGUUUAGAGAGUUUGACACUAAUGGUGACGGGGCCAUAAGCACAUCUGAGCUCCGGGAUGCAAUGAGGAAGUUGUUGGGCCAACAGGUGGGUUUAAACGAAGUAGAAGAUAUCCUAAGGGAUGUUGACCUGAAUGGGGACGGGCUUGUGGACUUCGAAGAGUUUGUGCGAAUGAUGUCUCGCUAAGAUCAUAAAAUGAUUGGUCCUGAAUGUGAAGCUGUGUCCUUCUCUAUACUUGACCAAGUACACCAGAGGACAUGCGAAGAUCUCUGAGCCAUCCUGAUCUGAAUGACACUGGAAUUAAAACUCCUUGAAUGUUACGGAGUGAAGAGUCACCUCACACUUUCAAUCAAUAAGUGUUCUUCCUGAAGAGUCUCAAGUUCAACUGAGGCGGAAUUUGCUGUAGCCUAGCCUAUGAUUGUCCAACUUGUGUUUUUUGCACUUCAAUUUUCACUAAAUAACUUCCAGUGUCGAUAGAUUGCUGGUGUCUUGUCUCGUCUUCUACGUGGUAAAAAAAUAAAUCCCUCAUUGAUGUACAACAAAAUCAGGAUGUAAAAGAUCACGGCACUGUUGAACAUUUCGGUACGUUUUCAUGCAGUAUGUGUUAUAUUAGAGAUAGUGGAGUGGAAUGUCUUUUGUGUCACAUUGGUGCUCCAACCAGGAACCCAUGUGGCAAUAUAACACCUGUAUUGUAACUGUGUGACCAUCUGUGGUUUUUCACCGUGCCAGUCGAGUCCUAGCCUAUAAAAGCAUCACUGUAUGACAACUACAUGCAACGAAGAAGCAGAUCUCUGAUAUAAAUGAGAAUAAUGAGAAACAGAACUCAGAAUACGUCACUGUUUUUCGCUACAGUCUUAGAUCAAGACUAUUUUCAAAGAUGCACAGCUCUGGUUAGCAGCAUCAUAUGUCUUUUAAUGCUCACAGGUUUGAAUUCCUAAAAUCUAAGUUUGGGAACAAGUAAUGUCUGUUUUUAAAAGUCCAUAUUGCCCUGUCUGCAAUCAUACAGUAGGAAUGACAUAUGUGAACUGUGUUUACAGUGGAUGUGAUUAUGUUGUACCUUUAACUGUAUGUCAGUGUCAAUAUGAUUGUAGUUGUGGUAACGUGCCACACAUCUGUGUUGUCAAAGCAAUUUUUAUGCAUGCCAAAGAGAGAAAUUUAUUAAAUUCAGUAUGCACAUUUGCAUUUUUGUCUAACAAAGUAAACAAAAUAUUUCGCCAAGUUAACUGUAUAAAAAUAAAAAAAAAGGUGUUUACAUUUGA